ACUCUUUUCUCUCCUUUCACAAUAACUCAUUCUGCGAUACAGAAAUCAGUAUUGUACACUACGACUUCAACAUGGCUCCAGGCGCACAAACUGUACUCAACUUCCGUCCUCCCUCACCCGAAAUUGGUUCCAAAGCCGACUUUGUCCCACCUACCAUAUCCUUUCUACAAGGCAAAUGGUACAUCACACACUCGACUCUUCCCAUGUGGAAAUCGAAUAGAAACGUCACAGUCACCUACACGCCCCUUCCAAACAAUGGCGAUGUCCUGGAUGACCUCGUCGAGUACCAACCUCUGAAGUCGGAUAAGCAGAAAAAGUUGGAAGGCUACGAUACUCCUGACGCCAAUGUCAGCGCCUCGUACAGUUGGCGUGGCAGAGGCUUAUUGAAACUGAUCACCAGCCACUGGCAAGUUCUUGGGUAUGGCGACGAAGAUGAUGGUUGGAUCGUUACCUACUUCUCAAAGACCCUGUUCACCCCAGCUGGUCUCGAUAUCUACUCUCGACGCAAAGGCGGUCUUUCCGAGGGACUACUGCUUCGAAUCCGGAACGAUCUGAGGAAGAUCAAUGACGAGAACAUCAAGAUACUGGCAGCGUGUAUGUUUGCCGUUCGUCACGACUGGGAAAAAUGAAGAUGAAGAUGAAAC